AUGCACAUACAUCCCAAUGGAAAAAGGAAAAAGGUGGAUAGGGGUUACAUCUCCCUGUAUUUGGAGUUGGUUGAUACAUCAUCCUUCGAAUUUGGCUGGCCAAUAAACGCUGUUAUCAAGUUCUUUGUAUUGGAUCAAAACACUAACAAAUAUUCUACUACCCUAGGCCCAGAUUCUGUAAUGCUAUUUAAUCCGUUAAGCAAACUAUAUGGCAUCGAUAGAUUCAUUGAUCUUCCUACGUUUGAACUUUCUUCCAACGGAUACCUUGUUAACGACCAAUGCGUGUUUGGUACUGAGAUCGAAUCUUUUUCUAGUUCUUACGAUAGAUAUGAAUCAGAAAAUUUUAAUUGUGGUGAUUUUGAAUGGUCGAUCUCCAUUCGUCCCAAAGGAAAUGUGGAUGAUAAAGAUAAUAUCAUUUAUGUCUAUUUAUGGUUGGAUGAGUUGACUCUUCCAAAAAAUUCCCAAGUCUAUGCAAAGUAUAAGAUUUGCUUAUUAAACAAGGACAAGUUGGAUAACAUCUGUGUUAAAGGUUAUGAUUUCUUUAAUGCUUCGUCUCUAUGUUGUUGUGUCCGUACUAAGUCCUUGGCGUGGAAUGAAUUUCUAGACGUGCAAAAUGGAUUUUUGGUGGAUAAUUCUUGCUCUAUUGAAGUAAAUGUUACCAUUCUUGGGGUAGUUAACUCUACAUCUUGA